ACUGGGAAAAGUACUGUGGGAGGUUCAGAAAGCGACUGAGAUUGCAGGGAGUGGCUUUGUAUCGACAACUACUUCCAGUUUCUGCUGUACACAGGAUACAGCACAAUGAAUUCUGCUGCGCUGUUCUUGACUUUGUACUUUGCAAGUACUUACUCUCAACAACUAUGUGACCAUCCUCCAAAUGAGUGGUGCAGCACCUGGUAGAUUGCUAAAGCCUGUAAGGUAGAGCAACAGUGCAUUGAGUACUAUUCUCACAAUGACCUUAAAAUGAGGAAUGAGUCGGCUGUACAGGUUGAACUGUACUAUGAGAGCCUUUGUGGAGGUUGCCGCAAAUUUCUUGUUCUUCAACUCUUCCCAACUUGGCUAAUGCUAAAUGACAUUAUGAAUGUUACACUGGUACCUUAUGGGAAUGCACAGGAGAAGAACGUCUCUGGAAAAUGGGAGUUUACGUGUCAGCAUGGACCAGAUGAAUGCUACGUAAAUACAAUAGAGGCCUGUAUUAUGCAUCAUCUAGGAGACAUACAACUCUAUUUUCCUGUUAUUUUCUGCAUUGAAUUCUCCUCCAAUUUGACAAGUGCUUUGGAGCCGUGCCUAGCAGCCUAUCAAAUAGAUCUUUCAGUCAAAACUGUAAUGGACUGUGUGAAUGGUGACCUGGGUAACAAACUUAUGCACCAGAAUGCCUUGAAAACCGAUGCACUAAAUCCUCCGCAUGAGUACGUGCCAUGGGUGGUCAUUAAUGGGAAACACGAUGAUUCUCUUCAAGAAAAAGCUUUAAGUGCAUUGUUCAACCUUAUCUGUGAAAUGUACACUGGGCCAAAACCAGAUGCUUGUUCGGGUUCGCAGAAGGGACUGACUCCAUUAAAGAGGAAUUCUGUGUGUUUAAACUGAAUCAUUACAGAUCAAAGACUUACUACAAGAAUUGUGCAAAAUUAAAUCUUAAAAAACAUGUGAAAGUA